AUUCCGGUGCGGCUCGAAGCUGCGCUCCGUUUGUGGCGCUCGGUGUUUCUUUUCUUCGUUCCACACCGAGGCCCUGAGCAGGAGGAAGGCGAGGUUUGAACAAAAAGAAAGACGAAGUCGGCCGCUCAGCCGCGGGUAUUUGCAUAACCACCUGAUCGCUAGACAUCCCUCGGCGUGUCUUGUUUGUGUUGUAUUUCGGCAUCAGUGGGUUAUCAUGACUGUUCCGUCGUGGUGAGCGAUCGUAGUGGAAGUGGGACGACAGUCGGCCGUGUGGAUGUUUUGCGCGUGCGGACCCGGCAACAGCUUUUAGCUGCGGGCGCCGCCGAUUCGGGCCGCACAAGCCGCGGAAAACGUCGUCGCAAGACUUCUCUGGAGUCCGGCCCGAGCCGCAGAGUCGCAGCAUGGUGCUUCGCAACAAGUUUGAGUCCCUAGAGAGGCAAUCUGUGUUGGGCUUCCUGCAUCGUCAUCGUGUGCGAAAUCUUUAGGUGAGCAACGUCGCUGACUGGCGUCGGCAGCUGCGGCGCCCCAUGGUGCCUGGUGUGCCCAGCCAGGGGAGAUGGACACGAGCUGCUCCUCCCCGAGGCAGCAGCAACAGCACCACCAUCACCACCACCCCCACCACCACCCCACCACGGCUGCGGUUGUCAUCAUUGACAGGUCACCUGCUCGCAGCACAACGAGUCCCAGUGCAGUGUGCAAACUGACGCCUUCUCAGGAACAACAAAGGGUCACAGUGGUGGGCACGCAAGGCCAGGUGAGUGAUGCCAGCCUGUACGUUGUCUGCAGCCGCUGUGGCCAGAUCAGCCAUGACCUCAACAAGUGUGAUUUCUGCUCCCGCCAGAUCUCGGCUGCCGACAGGUCCAAGCCAAGAAUGUAUGGUCCGAAACGGCGCCUCAACUUGGACGGAGGAACGACGGCAGGCGGCGGUGCCGGGUCUGGUGCUGGUAGCCAGCAGCUGCAGCCGACCGAAGCGAAGAUGAGCAAGCGCACCUUCUAUGGCAACGAUGUGGUAGCAGUGAGGCCGCUGCUGCAGACCAUCGGCAACAACAAUGUGCUCACCGUGAGACAAGCAGGCACGGCGACUAACGGCCAGGUUCGGCCGCUCCUGUCUGCGGCAGUCGCCAUGCCGCCAGCCAAGCCUGUGCGGAGUAUACCCGUGGCCCGUAGGGGGAAGAGAGAGCCCGAGUGCCUGACCAUCUCUAUAUCGUCUGACGAGGAGGCCGAUGCGGACGGAACCAGCGAGGAGUGCUACCAGAGGGAUUCCUCCGAGACUCCUACUAAGGAGAACCACCCUGCCCCCCAGCCGGCAACGGCUGAUGUACAGUGCCUAGCGCGGGUGCAGGAAACGCCACCAGAGAGUCCGCGCGGUGAUGGCCGGGGCGCAGUGGUGGUGGUCACGUCGACGCAUGCGGACGUGCCCCGGAGCUUUGGCGGGAGCAACCCGGCUGCGCCAACCAAUUCCGAGAUGCGCUUCAGCUGUCGCAGCAUCCGCAUCGGUUCAUACAAGGUGGCCCAGGGCGAGUACUGGGUCACAGUCUCGAAUCGGGGCUUCACGUUCACCAUCCGGUCACUCAGAGAUGGCCAGGAAGUGACGCUGCAGUUGCAGGACAGUGAUGUGAUGCAAGUACUGGGCAACCUGUCGCGCAACAUGGGCGUGCUCUUUGUGAGCACGAAUCGCGACUGCGCAGCUGCCGUGCGCACCAAGCUCGGCAUGAAUCGCAAGCAGGGCGCAUACUUCGACCCCACAAGUACAGAAGAGAAGCAGAAGCGGAUCACUUUCCUGCCCGAGCCACCGUUCACGGAAGAACAGAAGUCCUUCCUGCGGCAGGUCUUUCCGGGCCCCCUGUUGCACGAGAUCAAACAGUUCCAGGCCAAUGAGAUCCUAAUCAAGUCCUCACCGGGACCUCAGCUACUGCCGCAUCCAACAAUGUAUGGUUCCUGUGCUUCGCAGAGAGCGAGUGAAGUGGUGGCAACGUCGGCGGCUCCAUCGGCAGCCCAGCCGCAGGUCAGCUCAGCACCCACCGUCACGCACGUGGUGAUCCACAGUGUGCCCAGCUCCACUACCAUCGUGACACGGACUACUCGUUCCUCUUCCGCGGGCUCCUUGGCAGUCUCUGCAGUGUCGAGCAGCAGUUCGGUGAUGGCCACUUGCGAACAGGGAUCGUCGCAAGAAGAGAGUUCGUCGGGACCAAACAUAAAGCUGCUGGUGUACCCCGCACCACCCAAGACGGGUGGCAUCCCUGUCCACAGUGCCGACCUGCGUUGCCUGCGAGAAGGCCAGUUCCUCAACGAUGUCAUAAUCGACUUCUACCUCAAGUACCUGCUGCUGGAGCGGCUAAGCGAGGAGGUGCGGCAGCGCACGCACAUCUUCAGCUCCUUCUUCUAUCCACGCCUGACGCAGCGCCUAAACCCACGUGCACCGGGACAGCAGGGCCUGACGCCCGCAGCACGGCGGCAUCGCAACGUGCGGACGUGGACGCGGCACGUGGACAUCUUUGCCAAGGACUUCAUAGUGGUGCCCAUCAACCAGAAUGCCCACUGGUUCCUGGCAGUGCUGUGCUUUCCAGGGCUGGUGGCACAAGUAUGCCCGCCGCAGGAGGUGGUGCCCAACUACGACGACCACACUCCCCUGGCGGACAACCAGAGUCCCGCAGCAAGCCCAAAGACUCCCGAGGGCACCAUAGACGACGGAGAGAGUGUGCUGGAAUCUGACCCGGACGACGGCACUGAGCUGGAGGAAACGGGGAGUCCGCUUCCAAAAGGCGCAGCCGAAGCACAGACAGAAAGGGCGUACAUCCUAAUCCUGGACUCUCUUCGCGGAGGCCUGUGUGGUAGGAGCCGCAUCAUGACAACACUUCGAGAGUACCUGACCGAGGAGUGGAAAGCCAAGAAACGUACCCAGCUGAGCUUCUGCUCUAACAACAUGCAUGGCUACACGCCGCGCACACCACAACAGGGCAACUACAGCGACUGCGGCAUCUACCUGCUGCAGUACGUCGAGAGCUUCCUCGAGAAACCGCCUAGUGCUGGUGACCCAGUGAAGCUGGAGCUGGGGGACUGGUUCCCGGAGGGUCGGGUUGCUCAGAAGCGUGCGGCCAUCCGCGACCUCAUCCUAGACCUGCACUUGCGACAGAACCCAGGCAGUGACUUCCCCCAACGCUGGCGAAAGGAGGAAGAAGAGGAGGAAGCAGCAGCACUCCGCGUGGAAGAGCCGGUGUCCACCACUCUUCUUAUGACGCCCGCCACAAAUACGGUCAUCCUCGUUUGCCCCGCAAACAGCAGCAGCCAACCCAGCUGAGGUUGCAAGGGACGGUGCUAGAGCUGGCAAGGGAAAACACCAUUGCCAAGGCUAGAUGCGGCACUUCCCCAAGGCGCUGGUUCUUCCUUCCGACAGGGAGAGCCAGGCCAUUCCGCCGUGGCAUGCCUUCAGCCAACUUCCUCGAGUGUGCCGCUGUUGAAGACGCGAGUGUUGCUAAGGCACUGUGGAGGCAUCAAGCUGCAGAGCGCCCACUGCUGCACCGUUGAAUGGUUGCAAGACGUGCAAGAAAAGAAGUCUCGUCAGGGACUAGUCGCUGCAAUCCGGAAGCAGGUUACCGACACGGAGGUCGUUUUUGGCUGCAGCGUUAAUAUAGAUAUUGCAGUGCUGGCAGUGGCGAACCACCUGCACGAAUACUGUGCUCGUGAAAAGUUGCUGGGAAAACUCGGAAGCUGCUGCGUUGCUUUCGGCCUUGCCGGCGGUGUGGUGGGAGAUUUCGGGUGCCCCCUUUUAUACGUCAGCACGUGUUAUGCCCAAAUAAAAGAUAUCCCGAAAGUUUGAGGUCGUCCUUAGAUGCCACAAAAGUAUGCUUAUUUGUUGCAAGAGUAGGACAGGCUCACUGACUUGUUUCCAUACUGGCAUUAUGGGAAGCAUUUUGUAUUGGGGAGCGUCCCUUGGCAGCUGAUUGACACGAUGGUUUUGGUUCAGUUUAGAAUUCUGUCCGUUAUCACCUCAGGUUGCACUUGCAAUUUCUGUGCUUGGGAGCUUUAGUAAACUGUCGUUUUCUAUUAUCCUGCAGUGGCAAACAGUCUGGAAUCUCCCGCCUUGCCUUAAGGCUCAGUGAGGCUGCCUUAGCUAAAGGUGGAGCAAAGUGCCUCAGCAUGGUUUUGCACGUGUCGUCUGCCGCCGACGUCUGGCGAGCAACACGGUCUGCAGCAAAUUCCCCUUAGUCGUGUAGUGCGACGCUCUGUUGCGGUGCAGGAGCUCUACGUCUGUCUGUGUGGAGUGAGGCUGUGCGUUGAAGUGUGACAGUGCUGCUGUGCCUUGCUGGCCGCCACGUCUUGUUCAACUGCGUCUGUUCACAAAACGCUGGUAAACAGUCGGCAGUGAUCUUCAGAAUUGCUGCAUCGUGGCAGUCAAGUGGGCCUUCCGUGCUGUGUAUACAGAUGGUUUGCUGGAGGCCUUGCUCUGCUAUAUACUCUGUAAAUGCAUUUCUGGCUUUUCUACGUUUGUUAAUUUGCUGUUUUUUUGUUUUUUGUGGUACCCAUUUUUCAUGCUGUCCCCACUUUUAAGAGGCUUUCUUGUUGCACUCUUCAUGGUCAGGGCCAAGUAUUUUUCAACUGCAUUAUUACUUUCAAACUUUUCAAGAAAGAAGGAAGGGGCAUGAGCUUGUUUCAGGGACAGGUGACCCAUUGCUUUUCCCAACAUCAUUGUGUGUAGGAAGGAAUUACCAGCGAUUCGGCACUAAGUGAGGGGAUGUUUCAGCAUAAUCUGCUGCACGUCUAAUCAAAAGGCAUUUCAUGGGAGAUGACUGUGGCUUGUCUGUUGGCACCACUGGCUGUAGUCGAUAGUGCACUUGCUUUUAUUAUUUUUUUUCUUAACCUUGCAUCACAUUGAGAGACAAGGGACGUGCACAAAAAAGGGUUGGUGGGCAGGAAGGAGCAUGCUUGAUGCAACUAUUUCACAAGAGUGAGCACCCCUCAACCUAUGCAAAUCAGCUUCUCCACUAGAGUUGGAUUCUGGGCACAGCAUUUUUGUGCUGGUCAUACCUGUUCCUUCUGGUCAGCACCUUUCAGGCUGACAUAAAAAAAGAAAAGCUAGUAAUGUGACCGUCUACUUGCAUUAUUCUUUUUGCCCAGUAUCAAAGUAAUGCGACUCUCUGACUGCGGGGGUUAAUGUGUUGUUCAUGUUAUGCUGUUCAGUUUUGUUCAUUUUUGUGUUGUACAUAGGCUGCUAGACUUUAUUUUGUGUGUUCCCCACUGGAGGCCGUGCCAGGUUAGUGCAAGUUCCUUUACAGUGCCCUGUUACGGACUAGGCGUGGCAGUGUCCACCUGUUGCCUGCAGGCACACCAUGCAUUUUUUGUGUGUGUAUUCUUUAGGACUCUACCUGAGACUGUAGUGCAUCCGCCGUUGAGCCAAGUGCAUUUGGUGUACUGUUUACGUUGUUGUGACCCUCAAUUGUUGUUUCAAAGCCUAGUUAAGCCAAAGUUGUUUUGCUCCGUGACUGAACACCGAGCAGUGCACCGUAAGCUACUCUGACAGUUCCCACCUCGAUACAUGCCACUGGCUGUCAUUGCGGUACCUCCCAUGUGCGGAGCAUACCAUGAAACCAUUGCACGUAGUUAGUCGCAUAGAGUGACAUCUUUCGGAUGGAUGGUCAUUAAUUACCCUGGAGGCUCUAAUUAGGCUUAAGUAGCCGACAUGAGCGAGGCAAGGUCGGGGCCGGCUCGGUGUUCAGUCUCUGUGGAGAGGACUCUGUUCAGCCGCCCCACACGUACGACAUUCCGUUCACUUCGAGGUCGUUCUGCUAGCUCCUUCCGCACUGCACCUACUGUUUUACCUUGGGCAUACACAACUGUGCGCAGAAAUCCGUGCGUCCCGUGCUUGUGCGUCUGCCAACACCGUGUGCAACAUGCUGUGAGUGCAGCCAGCACUUGCAGAGCCCAGUGUUGCGAGUCCUCUGGCUGGAUGCCACGAUCUCUGCCAACACUGCCACUAAGUCAGCACUGCAUGCCUGGUUUCCUCGGGUGCGUUUGUAUGUGUGCGUAUGUGUGCAUUCGUAAGGACUUCUCCCGUCGGUUCGUCCGCCUUUCUUUUGCCAUCGUCUGUGGAACUGCAUCGCGGGAAGCUCUCAGCGAAGUGAACCGAGUGGCAAGUGCAUGCCGAACGUUUUGUCGUGCCGUUGUGAGCGUGCCCAGCGAUCCAACCCUUGUGCCCUCACCGCUCCUGUUUCGUAUCUCCUCUCUCCACUCCCUCUCACCCCAGCCCUGCCUUGAACUUGUAUUUAAUGAUUUGUACAUAAAAACUCGCACUGACGUCUUGACAGACGGGGCCAGGUGCAGGAGUCAGAAACUGUUUUUACCGAACCCCUGUUUAUACGCCGCUGAUGAAGCAGCUUUGUUGCUUGAAGUCGUGCGAGGAGGUCGUUUGUUGUGUUCGCCAUUCGAGUUGAAAGAA